AUGUCAAAAGACGCAGACUCUCCUACGAGCGGCUGCAAAGUCAUUCUAGCCGGCAGUAUCGCCAAAGGGCUACUCAGCGAGGUCCAGGAUGGUCUGAAAAAACUGGGCCGCAAACCACAUUUGUUGGGUAUUCUCGCAAACAGCGAUCCAGCUGCAAAAGUCUACGCGGACUGGACGGAGAAGACAUGUAAAGAAAAUGGAUUUUCAUACACCCUGAAACUCGCCGCGAAGGACGAUGUCGAAGAAACCAUCAUCUCCGCCAAUGCCGACCCGUCCGUCGACGGCAUUAUCGUCUACUAUCCAAUCUUCAACAACCGUCAAGACCAGUACCUACAACAAACCGUCGACGUCUCCAAGGACGUCGAAGGCUUAUCCCACCAGUACCUCUUCAAUAUGUACCAGAACAUCCGGUUCCUGGACGACGAGCAAGCGAUGAAAUCCAUCCUGCCAUGCACUCCGUUGGCCGUAAUCAAAAUCCUCGAGUACUUGCAUAUAUACAACACGAUCCUGCCUUAUGGGAACAGACUGUUUGGCCGCACAAUCUGUGUGGUGAAUCGCUCCGAAGUCGUGGGUCGACCGCUUGCAGCGCUGCUUGCGAAUGAUGGCGCGUGCGUGUAUAGUGUCGACGUCACCGGUGUCCAGCAGUUUACGAGGGGCGAGGGGAUACGGAAGCGGAAGCACGAGGUUGUAGAAAAGGAAGGCUGGACUGUCGAGAUGUGCGCCCCGCUCUGUGAUGUCGUGAUCACGGGUGUGCCGGGGGAUAAGUAUAAGUUUCCAUGUCACUUAUUGAAAGAGGGUGCGGUGUGUAUUAAUUUCUCAAGCGAAAGGAAUUUCGGUCCCCAGGUCAAAGACAAAGCAUCAAUAUACGUCCCGGCAAUCGGCAAAGUGACUAUCGUCGUGCUCCUUCGCAAUCUCCUGCGGAUCGUGCAGAAUAGACAGGCUCAAAUUGAAAAAUCCAAGUCGACAGCUACAUCCGUUGAUCGUGAAUCUUCAUCGACGCAGAAAAACGUCAACGGUAUCACUGCCACUACUACGGGGUAA